UCUCUCCCGGCCCGGCGCUCAUGCGGGCCGAGCCCCGCCCCCCGCUCGCCGCCGGAUCCCGCGCCCGCCCGCACCAUGCUCAAGUGCAUCCCGCUCUGGCGCUGCAACCGGCACGUGGAGUCGGUGGACAAGCGGCACUGCUCGCUGCAGGCCGUGCCCGAGGAGAUCUACCGGUACAGCCGCAGCCUGGAGGAGCUGCUCCUCGACGCCAACCAGCUGCGCGAGCUGCCCAAGCCCUUCUUUAGGCUACUGAACCUGCGCAAGCUGGGCCUGAGCGACAAUGAGAUCCAGCGGUUGCCUCCGGAGGUGGCCAACUUCAUGCAGCUGGUGGAGCUGGAUGUGUCCCGGAAUGACAUCCCUGAGAUUCCUGAGAGCAUCAAGUUCUGCAAAGCUCUGGAGAUUGCUGACUUCAGUGGGAAUCCCUUGUCCAGGCUCCCCGAAGGCUUCACUCAGCUACGCAGUCUGGCUCACCUGGCGCUAAAUGAUGUGUCCCUGCAGGCGCUGCCUGGGGACGUGGGCAACCUUGCCAACCUGGUGACCCUGGAGCUCCGGGAGAAUCUGCUCAAGUCCCUGCCUGCGUCCCUGUCUUUCCUGGUCAAGCUGGAACAGCUGGAUUUGGGAGGCAACGAUCUGGAAGUGCUGCCUGACACCCUGGGGGCCCUGCCCAACCUGAGGGAGCUGUGGCUGGACCGGAACCAGCUAUCUACCCUGCCCCCGGAGCUCGGGAAUCUGCGGCGCCUGGUGUGCCUGGACGUGUCUGAGAACCGGCUGGAGGAGCUGCCUGCGGAGCUCGGGGGGCUGGUGCUGCUCACUGACCUGUUGCUUUCCCAGAAUCUGCUGCAGCGGCUUCCGGACGGCAUCGGUCAGCUGAAGCAGUUGUCCAUCUUGAAGGUGGACCAGAAUCGCUUGUGCGAGGUGACAGAAGCCAUCGGGGACUGUGAGAACCUGUCGGAGCUGAUCCUCACAGAGAACCUGCUGACGGCCCUGCCCCACUCCUUGGGGAAACUGACCAAGCUGACCAACCUCAACGUGGACCGGAACCACCUAGAGGUACUGCCACCUGAGAUUGGGGGUUGCGUGGCACUCAGCGUCCUCUCUUUGAGGGACAACCGCCUGGCCGUCCUGCCACCAGAGCUCGCCCACACAGCUGAGCUACACGUGCUGGAUGUGGCGGGCAACCGGCUGCAGAGUCUGCCAUUCGCACUCACGCACCUCAACCUGAAGGCCUUGUGGCUAGCAGAGAACCAGGCGCAGCCCAUGCUUCGGUUCCAGACUGAGGAUGAUGCCCAGACAGGCGAGAAGGUGCUCACCUGCUACCUGCUGCCUCAGCAGCCGCUGCCCAGCCUUGAGGACCCUGGGCUGCGGAGCAGCCCUUCGGAAAGCUGGGGUGACGCCCCGCUCAGCCGUGUCAGCGUCAUCCAGUUCCUGGAGGCCCCUGUGGGUGACGACGACCCGGAGGAAGCCGCUGCUGAGAAACGGGGUCUGCAGCGUCGGGCUACGCCACACCCCAGCGAGCUCAAGGUGAUGAAGAGGGGUGUGGAGCGCCGGAGCGAAGCCACCUCCUGCAGGCCUGACCCUGUGCCACCCUCACCCUCCGAGGAGGAGAAGAGGCUGAGCAUUGAGUCUGGCCUGAGUGCAGACUCGCACCUGUCUGCCGGCACAGCCUCCCAGGGCGAGCCUGAGGGCCCGCUGGCUGAGGAGGAGGGGCUGAGCCAGCAGGAACCCAUGCCAGCCACCCAGGAGGAGGUCAUGGAGGAGACCUACGAGGAGCCCACUGUGCGCUUCGCGGAGGACACGCUGCUCCUGCCCAGGGAGGAUGGCGAGAGUGAGGAGGGCCAGCCAGAGGCGCCCUGGCCCCUGCCAGGGGGCAGACAGAGGCUCAUCCGCAAAGACACGCCCCACUACAAGAAGCACUUCAAGAUCUCCAAGCUGCCCCAGCCUGAGGCCGUGGUGGCCCUCCUGCAGGGGACACCGCCAGACAGUGAGGGCCCGGUGGGGGCUGGGGGCUGGCACAACGGCCCGCACAUGUCCUGGGCUCCGAGAGCAGAGGAAGAGGAGGAAGGCGAGGCUGAGGAGGAAGAGGACGGGGCGGCGGCAGCGGCAGAGGAGGAGAAGGCGGCCGCCUCUGCACCCUCUGUCAAGGGGGUGUCGUUUGACCAGGCCAAUAACCUGCUGAUAGAGCCCGCUCGCAUUGAGGAGGAAGAGCUGACGCUCACCAUUGUGCGGCAGACGGGGGGCCUGGGCAUCAGCAUUGCGGGUGGCAAGGGCUCCACACCCUAUAAGGGGGAUGACGAGGGCAUUUUCAUUUCCCGGGUGUCUGAGGAGGGCCCUGCAGCUCGGGCUGGGGUCCGAGUAGGAGACAAGCUCCUUGAGGUGAACGGCGUGGCCCUGCAGGACGCAGAGCACCAGCAGGCUGUGGAGGCGCUGCGUGGGGCGGGCGCCACCGUGCACAUGCGGCUGUGGCGGGAGCGCAUGGUGGAGCCUGAGAACGCGGUCACCGUCACGGCCCUGCGGCCCGAGGACGACUACAGCCCGCGGGAGCGGCGAGGGGGCAGCCUGCGCCUGCCCCUGCUCCCACCCGAGCCCCCCAGGCCCCCCCGCCAGCGCCACGUGGCCUGCCUCGUGCGCAGCGAGAAGGGGCUGGGCUUCAGCAUCGCAGGCGGGAAAGGCUCCACGCCCUACCGGGCCGGCGACGGGGGCAUCUUCAUCUCCCGCAUCGCUGAGGGGGGCGCCGCCCACCGGGCAGGCACCCUGCAGGUCGGCGACCGCGUCCUUUCUAUCAACGGGGUGGACAUGACCGAGGCCAGGCACGACCAUGCCGUCUCCCUGCUGACCGCCGCCUCGCCCACCAUCGCGCUGUUGCUGGAGCGGGAGGCUGGGGCGCCCCGAGCCCCGAGCCCUCCGCCCCACUCCUCCCCACCCCGCCCUGCUGCCCCUGCUGCCCCAGGGGAGCCCGGGCCUCUGAGGCUGUCCCCUGGUUUGCUGGCCGCUGCCCUGGAGGGGCCGUACCCAGUGGAGGAGAUCUGUCUGCCCAGAGCGGGGGGCCCCUUGGGGCUCAGCAUCGUUGGGGGCUCCGACCACUCCAGCCACCCAUUCGGUGUCCAGGAGCCUGGCGUGUUCAUUUCUAAGGUGCUCCCGCGGGGCCUGGCUGCACGCAGCGGCCUGCGGGUCGGGGACCGCAUCCUGGCAGUGAAUGGGCAGGAUGUGCGGGAGGCCACGCACCAGGAAGCGGUCAGCGCCCUGCUCCGGCCCUGCCUGGAGCUGGUACUGCUCGUGCGGAGGGACCCGCCGCCCCCGGGCAUGCGGGAACUCUGCAUCCAGAAGGCCCCCGGGGAGAGGCUGGGCAUCAGCAUCCGUGGGGGCGCCAAGGGCCAUGCCGGAAACCCCUGCGACCCCACCGAUGAGGGCAUUUUCAUCUCCAAGGUGAGCCCCACAGGAGCAGCUGGGCGAGACGGCCGUCUGCGGGUGGGGCUGCGGCUGCUGGAGGUGAAUCAGCAGAGCCUGCUGGGCCUGACACACGGCGAGGCCGUGCAACUGCUGCGCAGCGUGGGCGACACCCUGACUGUGCUGGUCUGCGACGGUUUCGACACCAACACUGCCACCCCCGAGGUGUCCCCAGGUGUCAUCGCCAACCCCUUCGCGGCUGGCCUUGGCCGCCGGAACAGCCUGGAAAGCAUCUCCUCCAUCGACCGGGAGCUGAGCCCUGAGGGCCCCGGCAAGGAGAAGGAGCUGCCCGGACAGAUCCCACUGUGGGGCCCGGAGGCCACGGUGAGUGCCCAGGGUCGGAGCCCAGAGAGCCUGAAGCCGGCCUGCCAAGCCCCGGCUGCCACCCCUGGCGCUGGCAGUGUGCAGAGGGUCAAAAGAGGCACAGCUGGAGGUGAGAUGGCUGAGGUCCCCUGCUCCCCUGGCCACCAGCAGCCCCCGUCCCCGCCCUCCCCUGCCGAGCUGCCGGCCAACGUGAAGCAAGCCUAUAGGACGUUCGCGGCUGUGCCCGGCCUACACCCGCCUCUGGACACCCCUGCCCAGCCCCCCAUGCCCGGGCCCACGGCCUCGCCGGAGCAGCUGUCCUUCCGCGAGCGGCAGAAAUACUUCGAGCUGGAGAUGCGGGUGCCCCAGGCCGAGGGCCCCCCUAAGCGCGUGUCGCUGGUGGGCGCCGACGACCUGCGGAAGAUGCAGGAGGAGGAGGCCCGCAAGCUACAGCAGAAGAGGGCACAGAUGCUGCGCGAGGCAGCGGCCGACACGGUGCGCCCAGAAGCUGAUGCUCCCGAGGACGAGGAGCCUGAGGAGGAGCCACCCUGGGCCGGCCAGGGCCCCGCGGCUGAAGGGCUCGGCCCCGCGUCUCCCCCACCGCAGGGAGGCGGCGCCCCAGUGCGGACGGCCAAGGCCGAGCGGCGCCACCAGGAGCGGCUUCGCGUGCAGAGCCCCGAGCUGCCGGCCCCAGAGCGGGCCCUGUCCCCAGCUGAGCGCCGCGCCCUGGAGGCGGAGAAGCGGGCGCUGUGGAGGGCGGCCAGGAUGAAGUCCCUGGAGCAGGACGCUCUCCGCGCACAGAUGGUCCUCAGCAAGUCCCAGGAGGGCCGAAGCAAGCGGGGGCCCCUGGAGCGCCUGGCUGAGGCCCCCUCGCCCGCGCCUACCCCGUCACCCACCCCCUUGGAAGACCUCGGCCCCCAGACUGGCACCUCCCCAGGACGAUUGGCCUUGUCUGGGAGGAAGUUUGACUACAGGGUGUUUGCUGCCCUCCCCUCUUCCAGACCUGUCUAUGACAUGCAGUCCCCAGAUUUCACUGAGGAGCUGAGGUCCUUGGAACCACCUCCAAGCCCAGGUCUGCCAGAGGAGGAUGGAGAGGUGGCCAUGGUGCUUCUGGGCAGGCCCUCUCCAGGCUCCGCGGGUCCCGAGGAGGUGGCCUUGUGCAGCAGCCGCCGGGCCAUGCGGCCAGGGCGCCGGGGCCUGGGCCCAGUACCCUCCUAGAGGGGCGGGGUGCCUCCCCCGACUUGGGGUGGGGGCCCUGCCAGCGCCAACACCACCCUCGCCCCGAGUCUUUUAACCCGGCCGGUAGCAUUUUAAAGAGGUCCCCUGAGGAGUUCUGGCCACUGACUAACUGCCCUCUCCCCAGCCGGGACCUCCUGGCGAGACUGUAACUAGUGAUGUUUGUACAACCAAAGACUCUAUUUUGUGGUUUAAGGAGAAUAAAAUUGACUACGUUUUA